UGCGGGACGGGAAAAGUGGACAGUCAGGCAGUUUCUAAUGAAAGUGCCCAUUUGAUCAACGGCUUCCUGGUUGCCGGUUUCCGCCAUGGAAUUGUAACAUUAUGGGAUGUCAACGACGAAUUCUCCGCUAACAUGGCACAACUUGUCUAUACGGGACUAAAAGAUCAUGGAAUCGCAGAUAGAUCUAUUAGCAUAGCCCUCCAUCAAGCUACUCGAACGCGCAUCUUCUCAUACCUCGAGCCCAAAGGGAUUCGCAAUAUUCUCCUCACAUGUCAGCAACUCUACCAAGUCGGCCUCCCGCUCUCCGUUCAUACGUUCCGCAACUACAAGUAUUUGGACGAUGGUGUCUAUGAUAAUGAUGAGAAGCUCACCGUCCGAACCCGCAGCCUCAAGUUUCUUCACUAUAUAACCAUUACAAAGCCGGAUCUCGCCAGGCAUGUCAAGGAAUUGCUCUUCGGGCACUAUCCUGCGUGGCACGAUGUGGAGGUGGAUACUUUGGCCAAGCCAGGACCAAAUGAAAUGGGCGUCUAUCGCAGACUGGUUCAAGAAGCCUUCGUGCAUGAAUUUAAUCAAGAGUAUGAGAGACACUGCAUAAACUUGGUUGAAGACUUGGAAAGGGGCGUCCCAGACGCAGUGAAUGCGCUUAUUUUGAUUGUGUGCUCACAAGUCGAGCUUCUUUGCUACGCCGAGUCAUACCAGCCGCGCCAUUUGGAACGAGUCCUGCAGCUCGCAAGCCGCAACCCCCAGCCAUCUCCUGCCGGUGGGCAAGAGAACAGGAAGCGUCCGCUCGCAAACCUUGAACAAGUGUACCAUGAGUCGCAAGACACAAAAUAUGGAUAUCUUGUUUGGCAUCGCCAGGCUGCUUUGCUGUUUCAGCUCCCGAACCUCUCUACUUAUGAGAUUGUCAUGGCUAAUGGCAGCGAGGAGGGAGGACCAUUCUUUGAUGCAUUACCGCCAGGGUCUUCAGCAGUAGAGCACAUUUUUCUACGCAGAAGCGCGAUAUCUCAGGUUCUCAUCCGCCAUCUUUUCUCCCCCGUCAAACAUCUCCGUUCAUUCGAAUACACAAGGGGUGUAUACCACAUGUACGACAAUGAGAUGAUGCCGCGCGACCUGAUGGAGGCUAUUUUGCCACACGCAGAAACGCUCGAAUAUCUCCAUGUCAACUGGGAGGAUGACUGGUACAAGAAUGGAUGGGCUGACCAGCCAGAGAGACUGUUCAUGGGAGUCGAACUUAGAGCCAUGACAGCUUUGAAAACACUGCUGACGGGAAUGCAGGCACUUACGGGACUGCUUGAUGCGCAGCCAGAGGAACUCUUUGGCCCGGACCUUCCCCUCGACGUUGAAGGUGCACCAAGGCUGGUGAAUUGUUUGCCUGAGAAUCUAGAAGACCUCGUGAUCCAUGGCUGCGGCAAGGCAAUCUUGGACCAAGCACAGGUAUUUCUCGACGUUGUUUCCCUUGGUGAGCGCUACAAAAGUCUCAGGCGGGUUCGGUUUGCCUUCAACCAGGAGAACAUCGACCCUCAUUUAGUCCAAUUCACUCAUGGCUCAUCCUCGGUGAAGCUCGAGGUUGUAUUCCAGACCAAGGAGAACCGCAUCUACGACUUAAUAACUCACCUUAGAAUAGGGAGCAUAGCCCUACCUCACAUCUGUUCGCCGCUUUGGGGGCCCAAGUUUAGGGAGCAAUGGCUUGCUAUUCGAGGCAUGGAUGUGGCCAGCGCGACACUUGAAGGGUUUCGACACGUUGUUGGGACACUUUGGGAAGUCAAUGAUGCUAUUUGUGUCGACCUAGCCAGGAUUAUGUAUGAGAAGAUGAGCGAGGGAGAAAUGAGUGACUUGUCGGUGGCUCGAGGGCUUCAUCACGCAUCUCAAUCGCUUCGAGAUGAGUGGGCUAAGAAAUUAUCAGAUAAUGAAAAUCGGGCAGCUAUUGAACGUAGUGCUGCAAGUCGUACUUCAUUGAGCACAGAAGCCACUGGAUGUACACUUGGCUUUGAGAAGUUGUCUAUU